CCCAGAGCGCCUUGUUAGGGUAUCGUGAAGGUUAGUUUGCUUGCUGGGAGUUUGUCUUUUUGGUUUUAUAAUCUCGGUUAAGCAACAAGAGUGAAGUGGGUUUUAAUGUGUAUGUGUUAUUAAGUGUUUCCUAUUAAUGUUUACGAUACGCAGCGUUUCGUAUGAUCAUCAACAGUGGCUGUAACAGUGAUAUUAAAAUUAAGUAUCAAAAAGAAGCUUCACAGCAUGUUUCCAGCUAGCAGAUAUACACUGCAAGCAUGUAGAUGUGUUCAUUCCCUGAAGGCACUGCAAAGGGAGCUUGUGUCACCCCUCCUGUGUGCUUCAAGAUGGUCCUCUUCCACAUCUACAGUACCUCGUAUCACCUCUCACUACACAGUAUACCCCAGAGACAAGGACUCACGAUGGGAAGGGGUAAACAUGGAACGGUUUGCAGAUGAAGCUGAUGUAGUGAUAGUAGGAGGAGGUCCCGCUGGCCUGUCGACUGCCAUCCGUCUUAAACAGCUGGCCAACGAGCAGAGCAAAGACCUGCGGGUGUGUGUAGUGGAGAAGGCCUCUCAGAUCGGAGCCCACACCCUCUCGGGAGCAUGCUUAGAGCCCAGUGCGCUCACUGAGCUCUUCCCAGACUGGAAAGAGAGAGGAGCACCUCUAAAUACACCAGUGACAGAAGACAAGUUUGGAAUUUUAACAGAGAAGCACAGGAUCCCUGUCCCCAUACUGCCAGGCCUCCCAAUGAACAACCAUGGGAACUACAUAGUUCGACUGGGCCAUAUUGUCAGGUGGCUGGGAGAACAAGCGGAAGCUCUCGGAGUUGAGCUCUACCCAGGGUAUGCUGCUGCUGAGGUUUUAUUUCAUGAAGAUGGAAGUGUGAAAGGGAUUGCUACAAAUGAUGUAGGCAUUGCCAAAGAUGGAUCCCCAAAGGAUAAUUUUGAAAGAGGGAUGGAACUCCAUGCUAAAGUUACAGUAUUUGGUGAAGGCUGCCAUGGACACCUGGCAAAGCAGUUGUACAAACGGUUCAACCUCAGAGAGAACUGUGAGCAGCAGACAUAUGCCAUAGGGCUGAAAGAGUUGUGGCUCGUCAAUGAAAAGAACUGGAGACCUGGCAGAAUUGAGCACACAGUUGGCUGGCCUUUGGACAGGCACACAUAUGGAGGAUCCUUCUUAUAUCAUCUGAAUGAAGGGGAACCAUUGGUGGCCUUAGGAUUAGUUGUUGGCUUGGAUUAUCAAAACCCUUACUUGAAUCCAUUCAGGGAAUUUCAAAGAUGGAAGCAUCAUCCAUCAGUAUCACAAACACUUGAAGGAGGAAGCAGAAUAGCAUACGGAGCAAGAGCACUGAACGAGGGUGGAUUCCAGUCUCUGCCCAAACUAACGUUCCCAGGGGGACUACUGAUAGGGUGCAGUCCUGGAUUCAUGAACGUUCCAAAAAUCAAAGGCACUCACACGGCAAUGAAGAGUGGCAUGUUGGCCGCCGAAGACAUCUUUCAGAAACUUACCAGUGAAAACCUGCAAUCCGAAACAGCAGGAAUCCAUGUCCAUGAAUAUGAAGAAAAUCUGAAAAAGUCCUGGAUUUGGAAAGAACUUUAUGCUGUAAGGAAUAUCAGGCCUUCUUUUCAUAAUCCUUUGGGACUUUAUGGUGGAAUGAUUUACACGGGAAUAUUUUACUGGAUCUUGAGAGGAAAAGAGCCAUGGACAUUGAAACAUAAAGGUCUAGACUCCAGCCAGCUGAAGCCUGCAAAGGAUUGUACACCCAUAGAGUACCCAAAGCCCGAUGGAAAGAUCAGUUUUGACCUUCUUUCAUCUGUGGCUCUGAGUGGAACCAAUCAUGAACAUGACCAGCCCCCACAUCUGACCUUGAUGAGUGACAGUGUUCCAGUGGAAAAAAACCUUAACAUUUAUGAUGGACCCGAACAACGAUUCUGUCCAGCAGGUGUGUACGAGUAUGUUCCUCUGGAAAAUGGAGAAGGCAUGAGGUUGCAGAUCAAUGCACAGAACUGUGUUCACUGUAAGACAUGUGACAUUAAGGACCCCAGCCAGAACAUUAACUGGGUAGUACCUGAAGGAAGUGGCGGACCAGCGUACAAUGGCAUGUAAGCUUUUAGGGAGACCAUUUAGGGACAUUUUUUCCAGUGUUAAGGGGACUUACAGUCAUUUGGAAACAUCAUAUUAAAUACCAUAGUUUAGGUAUCAAGAACCAAAUUUGUUAUAAUAUCAGACUCUGCUGCUCACAACACAAAUUUAUAAAUAGCUGUAUAUAUAAUUCUGCAGAUAAUAGACACCAGGUACAAGUUUUCAUGACCUUAACCACAUGCCUAGUGCCUGAACUGAAAGUUAUCAACACCAGGAUCAGUUUUUCAUUGUCACUGUAAAUUGCAUCAAGAAACUGAUGUUCAUUUUUUUAAAAAGUAAUAGCACUUACGCACACUAAAACAAAAUAUUACGUUAAUUAUACUUUCAUGAUUAAAGACGAGUUGUAAAGAGCAUUUGUCAGUUUUUAUUUUUUUCAAGUUUCCUUAUAGGUACAAUAGACAAGAAUGACCCAUAUCUUUCUGUUUAUGUACCUCAGUGUUGAAUAGGUUUUGUAACUUUUGUUACUGAGGUACCAGUUUCUGCACAGCAUAUAUACUUUCAAGUAUUGAUCAGGAGCGGUUUGCUGGAUUGUGACUUAUUCAAUAUACAUUUCAGUAGAUGCAGUUUAAACAUGGAAAAAAUAUGGAUUAAUAAGGAUAAAUAUGUAAUCCAGAAAAAAAUAGCAAUAAACAAUCUUCCUGGCUCCUU